AUGGAGGCGGCGGGACGGCGGGGCCGCGCCGCCGAGGAGGCUCCGCGCCCCGAGGAGGAGGAGGUGGAUCCCCGCAUCCAGGGGGAACUGGAGAAACUCAAUCAGUCCACGGACGAUAUCAAUCGCAGAGAGACAGAACUGGAGGAUGCUCGCCAGAAGUUUCGCUCGGUGCUGGUUGAAGCAACAGUGAAACUGGAUGAGCUCUUAAAGAAGAUUGGCAAAGCUGUAGAAGACUCCAAACCGUACUGGGAAGCUCGGAGGGUGGCCAGACAGGCGCAGCUGGAAGCUCAGAGAGCCACGCAGGACUUCCAGCGGGCUACGGAGGUGCUGCGCGCCGCCAAGGAGACCAUUUCUCUCGCUGAGCAGCGGCUGCUGGAGGACGACAAGCGCCAGUUCGACUCCGCCUGGCAAGAGAUGCUCAACCACGCUACCCAGAGGGUCAUGGAGGCAGAACAAACCAAAACGAGGAGCGAGUUGGUUCACAAGGAGACUGCUGCCAAAUACAACGCUGCCAUGGGACGGAUGAAACAACUGGAGAAGAAGCUGAAAAGAGCCAUCAACAAAUCAAAACCUUAUUUCGAGCUCAAGGCCAAGUACUAUGUGCAGCUAGAGCAAUUGAAAAAAACUGUGGAUGAGCUGCAAGCAAAACUGGCCCUGGCAAAGGGAGAGUAUAAGACUGCCUUGAAAAACCUGGAGAUGAUCUCAGACGAGAUUCAUGAGAGGAGACGGUCCAUGGCCAUGGGACCACGCGGCUGCGGCGUGGGUGCCGAGGGCAGCAGCGCCUCCGUGGAAGACCUGUCUGCAAGCAAACUGGAGUCGGACACCAUCUCAGUGGCCUCGGAAGUGUUUGAGGACGAUAACGGCAGCAGCUUCGUAUCGGAAGAGGAUUCGGAAACGCAGUCGGUGUCGAGCUUCAGCUCGGGCCCCACGAGCCCGUGCGAGGUGCCCGCCCAGUUUCCUCCCGCCGCGCGGCCGGGAAGCCUGGACCUGCCCAGCCCCGUCUCCCUCUCCGAGUUCGGGCUGCUCUUCCCGGUGCUGGGGCCCCGGAGCGAGUGCAGCGGGGCCUCGUCGCCCGAGUGCGACGCCGAGCGAGGGGACAGGGCAGAAGGGGCCGAGAACAAGACGAGCGACAGAGCGACCAAGAGCAGGAGCAGCAGGAGCGGCGCCGCCGAGGGGCUCCCCCUGGAUCACCGAAUGAAGCAGCUCUCCCUGCAGUGCAUGAAAAUCAAGGAGGGAAUAUGCGCGGGCAGGAAGCUGCCCAGAUUGGCUGAGUCCUUCCGGGGCCCUGUUCUGCAUAAUGGGAGUAUAAAUAUUUAUCCAGGAACUUCUAAGUGUCCGAAGAACGUUGUGCCAAUAAGACAUGCCAAAUCCUAAGCGUUUACUCCAAGAAUUUUAAAACUGCACUAAAAGACUGCUAAGUGGUGGUGAGGGCUGAAGUUUUUAUUCAGUAAAUCCUUCGUGGGCCGGCCGCGUUGUCCGGCGUUUAAGCUGUGCUCCGAUUUCAGAGACUUUGUAGAUGGUUUCGUAGCAGCCUGGCUGAAGCAAUAACGAGUAACGUUCCCGGGCAGAUCCACGCUGGUGGGGCUCAGAAACCUAAGCCAGACGUUUGCAGUGAGCAGUUUGGCUUCAGUUUUGUAGAACCGAAACGCUCUUUAGAUACAGUGGAUCUUUGGAGUGCCAGCGGCAUAUUCUUUCAACAUCUGUAUUUGUCUGUAUGAUGCUGACACUGUAGAAAUAUUUUGUAUAGAGGAAAGCUGUUGCAUGUGCGGGCCUGAAAGCCUUCACUCUUCCCGUGGUGCUCGCAGAAAGGGUGAACAGGAGUCAUGCCCUCAAAAACUGGCAUGGGAGACGGAGGGAAACAGGGGGGAAACGCUCAGCAGGGACAGGCCCUGCCUGGCCACCUUGCCAAGUCUGGCUUGGACUCCAAGGGUGAUUCCAGUGACCAAAAAGAGCUGAUUGGCCCCUCGCCCUUCCCCUCUCCUGAGAAGUAAGUAUUAUUUUUCAGCACUUUAAGUGUUAUUGCUCGAAAAUGGGAGUCAUAGAUGCGUUCGGGACUGUUAGGAUAACGGGAUUCACCCUUAACAUAUGCAUGAAGAAAUGGAAUUGCCAGUGUAGCCUGACCAUGUGUUCUUCAGUUUCGCUGUAGGUUGUUCUGUGUGGGGUUUAUCAUUGUUAAAGGGACUCGAGGUUUUAGAAUGGCCUGGGGAGGGUUCAGUAAGGCUAGAAAAGGCCCGGGCAUGUUUGCCAGGAGCUGGUAGGCAGUAGUAGUAUCUGGAAAUUAUGCUAAUAAGUGGUAGUAAAAAUCCUAGGACUCUUUAAGUUUUGGUGGCUAAGCAUUUCUGAAAGCACCAUUUUAUCUAAAAUGUCAGUUUAUAUUGUUGAUUUGAUGGGAAUUUUAGUAUUGCCCAACGUAUUUUCUAUUCUGUUUUUGCAGUCCGGUUGUAUUUUGUCCCUGCCACAGC